AUGAAGUCACAGUCACAGCAUGAAAAACCAGCAAUUAUUGGAGAUGACAGAAGGAACAAUUGGGAAGAAAGAGCUUUUGCAGAAGAUGCAGUUGGUAGCAUGUGGCCUCCAAGACCUUACUCUUGCACCUUUUGUAAGAGAGAGUUCAGGUCUGCACAAGCUCUUGGUGGUCACAUGAAUAUUCACAGAAGGGACAAGGCUAGACUCAAGCAAAAUCAUCACACCAUCAAAUCCUUAUUAGGUAAUAAUAAUCAUCCUUUUUCUGCACCACUCAUCUCCACCCAGAUAAACUGUGGCCUUACUCAUUCUCAUAACUAUUCUAGCCAAGCUACUACAAUUUCUACAACCAGAUCACUCUCACAACAAAAUAAUUUUUCACCUUCCUCUUCUUCUUCAUCCAUCUUGAGACAAAUGGGGUCUCCUAAUUCAGAACAAGCAAUGGAGUACAGUUUUGUUGAAACAAGUUUGUCUAUGGGUAUGAGCACUACCAUGUUUGGCCAAAAUUCAUCACCACCAAACAUCAGUUGCAAGAGACUAAAAAACAACAUUUCUUCUCUUCCUCUCUUCCUCAGACCACCAUGUUCAAAUGUAGAACUUCAUCACGCAAUGGAAGACUUGGAUCUUGAACUCAGGCUAUAG